UUCCUGAGAUCAGGAAGUCAGCUGGUGGUCCGGGCAGCAGACAAAGCUUGACCAUCAUGCGUUGUGGUGGCCUUCUCCUCCUUGUGGGGCUUCUCGCUCUCUGGGGUCAACUGACUCCUGCCUCCAGCCAGAAUCUAGGUAAGAACUUUCUUCUCUUCCUCCCAAGCAUGGACUUGGUGCAGGGGCUGGCCCGGCACGCCUCCGUGGUGAUCGAGGGCAAGGUGCUAGCUCACAGCGUGGUGGAGCCAGGAGGAGGCGGAGGGAAGCCAGGAUACUGCCCCCCACCAAAAGACAGUGGACUAUGUGUGGAGAAAUGUCGUGGAGAUGAUUCAUGUCUUGGGGACGAGAAAUGCUGCAGCAACGGCUGUGGCCACACUUGCCAAAGUCCGCUAAAGGAAAGGCCUGGAAAGUGCCCUGCCUUUCCUGCAGUAGUGGAUCCACCUUGCCAAAAGAAAUGUCAUAGCGAUGGUGGUUGUCCCUCUCCCAUGAAAUGCUGCAAAAAAAUGUGCUCCAUGGUCUGCAUUAAUCCAGAGAAGCCUGGACGAUGCCCCAGACAUACAGGUUCAGGAAUCUGCGUGGCAGAAUGUGACCAUGACUGGAACUGCCCCGGUGUUAAGAAGUGCUGCGGGAGUUGCCCACGAGGCUGCAUUGAUCCUGUCUAAGACCUUGGCUGGACCGGAUGCCCGGAAAGAAUGAGUGGAGCUUAGCCUGUAUCAUCUGAAGACCUGCUGACCCCUCCAAAUAUGGCAAUCAAGGCACCAUGAUCAGGGACCUUGGCUUUCCACCAACUUGUCAGGUUUCUGGUGGUUGAGCAAAGUUUGCUCAUUCCAGCAGCCUCUUUUCUCUUUCACACAAUAAAGGCAUUGAAUCAUUUGCA